UCCUACCUCCUCCACACCCGUUUCCCUCGCGCCCCCGGCUCCGCCCGGCUGUACGACUCCGGCUCUCGGGCGGCUAUAAAUCGCCCGCCCUUUCCCUCCCGAGCUCCACUCCGUUUCCCCCUCGUUUUAAAUCCGAUUCGGCCCCCGAUUCGGCAAACCCAGCCCGACCCAACCCACCUGUUCCCCAGUAACGAGAAGCUAAAUAAAUCCAUAAAUCCCUGGUAGAGAGAGGGGAGGGAGAGAAGCCAGGCGAUCGAUCCCGGCGGCGGCGAGAGGCGAGGAAAGGCGACCGGCGAAGCAAUGCCUUACUGCGAGGUGGACCGGUACCAGGCCGGCGACAAGUGGGAGGGCGUCCGCCUCUUCUACCGCCGCUACGGCCGCGGCGCCACCAAGGUGCUCCUCGUCAUCGGUUUGGCGGGGACGCACGACUCGUGGGGCCCGCAGAUAAGGGGGCUGACCGGGUCCAUGGAGCCGGCCGACGGCGGCGACGAGCCCGAGCCCGCCGCGCGGACGGACGAGGAGGCCGGCGCCCCCGCCGACGCGCCGGCGACGGCGACGGCGACGGAGGAGGAGGACGUCGGCGAGGGCAUCGAGGUCUGCUGCUUCGACAACCGCGGCGUCGGCCGCAGCACCAUCCCCCCGCACAAAUCCUACUACUCGACAUCGAUCAUGGCGAGGGACGCUCUGGCCUUGAUGGACCAUCUGGGGUGGAAGAAGGCCCACGUCUUCGGCCACUCCAUGGGUGCGAUGAUCUCCUGCAAGCUCGCGGCGUUGGCGCCUCACCGGCUGUCCUCGCUGGCGUUGCUGAACGUCACCGGCGGUGGGAUGGAGUGUUUCCCCAAGGUAGAUGCACAGAUGCUAUCUCUCGCGUUCCGGUUCUUAAGGGCGAGAACACCGGAGCAAAGAGCUCUAGUCGACUUGGAAACCCACUAUACCAAGGAAUACCUCGACGAGGAAGUUGAAUCCUGCACAAGGAGAGCGAUCCUAUAUAAGGAAUAUGUGAAAGGCAUAUCAUCUUCAGGGAUGCAAUCUAAUUGCGGGUUUGAAGGUCAAAUUAACGCAUGCUGGACUCACAAAGUGACAACUAAAGAGCUAGAUACAAUACGUGCUGCUGGUUUCCUAGUUUCAGUUAUUCAUGGAAGACAUGAUAUUAUUGCGCAAGUAUGUCAUGCGAGGCGGCUUGCACAAAGGCUUCUUCCUGUUGCUAGAAUGGUAGAUCUUCAUGGUGCACAUCUAGUCAGCCAUGAAAGACCACAAGAGGUCAACAACGCGCUGAUGGACCUGAUAAAGGCCACCAAGUCGGCGACGGCGCCGCAUGAGUGGUCGUCCCAGCCAGAAAACACAUCAGGCCUGAUAGUGAUGGCGUUUGAGCAUGUGAGGAACAUUGUAAGAGUAACGAAGCCUGUGAGGGUCGCGGCGAUCGAGUCAUCAUAAGAAACGAAAGAGAUGUGUAAAUUAUACCCCGAAAAGCCGGCGAGGAGAUCAUAUUUCAUGUCUCCUCCGUAUACCAUCCGUGGAGAUGAGACGGAUUUAGAGUAGCAUCCCCGCAAGAAUUGAACCUAUUUUCCCUCCUCCCUUGAGAAGGCCCUCUGCUCUCGGCGGAAACGACAUUUCGAGACUGGAGAACAGAGGAGGUGUACCUGCGUUGCGCACCUGGGCAGAAGCGUCACAGGGCGUGAGUGGUGAUUGAGAUGAGCCGCCAUACAUUGUAUUAGCUCGGAGAGAGCAGAUGGAUGUACCUUGUGUGAUGAGUGUAAUUAAGCUGUGACCGAUAUGUACACGGCCGCAUGUUGCGUUGCGUGUACUCCAAUGUUGUGCUGUGAUUAUCCCUUUGAAUAAAUCGACUCGAUCUUCACCACUUCGAUGUAA